ACAGAGAAACUACUUCAUCGUCUCUUUCAUCGUGGGAGAUAAAUAUAAAAUCGAGAGAGAGAGAGGAGAAGUGUUUAUAUCAUCUGGAGAUUAAUUUAGCAAUGGAAGGGAUCACGGAAGGAGUUAACAACAUGAGUUUGGCGGUUGAUUCUCAGAGGAAGAAUCGGAUUCAGGUUUCCAACACUAAGAAACCAUUGUUCUUCUACGUCAAUCUCGCCAAGAGGUACAUCCAACAGUACACAGAUGUCGAGUUGUCUGCACUUGGAAUGGCCAUUGCCACGGUUGUUACCGUUGCUGAGAUAUUGAAGAACAGUGGCUUUGCUGUUGAAAAGAGGAUCAUGACUUCGACUGUGGAUAUCAAGGACGGUGCAAGGGGUCGCCCUGUGCAGAAACCCAAGAUUGAGAUAACGCUCGCCAAGUCUGAGAAGUUUGAUGAAUUAAUGGCUGCAGCCAAUGAAGACAAGGAGUCUGCAGAAGCUCAAGAGUAGAGCUGAAAUCUUUUUUUUUUUUUGGUUUCUGUUGAUGAUCUGAUUUCUCUGUUCCUUGUCUUUAUGCUUAAUGUUAAAAGACUUUAGAUUUUUUUGGCUCACUUUGAAUGUUCUCUUUGAUUGUGUUCUCUUUAUUUUCAGAUCGUAGUAGGUGUAGACAUGAUUUUCUUGCAUAACGUUUUUUGGAAUAUAUAUCUGAUUCGGAACCUUAUACAGAG